AUGGAUUUAAGAAAAUAUUUACAACAAAAUUAUAAUCAACUUACAUGGAAAGAAAAAAUUAGAAUUGCUUUUGAAAUAAUUAAUGCACUUUAUUUUAUUCAUCUUGAAAAAGCAAUUCAUAGAGAUUUGCACUCUGGAAAUAUAUUAUAUUCACAAUUAAAUGAUAGAUGGCUUAUUAGUGAUCUUGGAUUUUGUGGACCUGCUGAUAAAUCAUCAAAAAGUAUAUAUGGAAAUCUUCCUUACAUAGCACCAGAAGUUAUUAAUGGAAAGGGAUAUACUUUUGCAUCUGAUAUUUAUAGUAUUGCAAUACUUAUGUGGGAAAUUUCAUCUGGACAUUCACCAUUUAUUGAUUAUAAGCAUGAUGAUUAUAAUCUUGCAAUGGAUAUAAUUAAUGGUAUUAGACCAGAAAUUAUGUCAGAUAUUCCUUUAGAAUAUAAAAAUUUAAUGGUACAAUGUUGGGAUGCUGAUCCAUUGAAUACAAUCUCUUCGGAAAAAAAUAAAAAAAAUUCAUCUAUCAUAUCAAAAUAUGCCAGAUGA